AUGGCGUCUCCUACGAAGAUGAUAUGCUAUAUUUUGCUGGGCCUCAUAUUUGUAUCGACCCUGAUUGACGGUGCGGUGGCGGAAGAGAAGUAUUAUAAUGGUGGGCACGGUGGUGGUGGGUAUGGUGGUGGACAUGGUGGGUAUGGCGGUGGAGGGCACGGUGGUGGUGGAGGUCAUGGUGGUGGUGGACAUGGUGGGUAUGGCGGUGGAGGGCACGGUGGGUAUGGUGGUGGUGGGCAUGGUGGUGGGAGAGGUGGGCACGGUCCUCCUGGCCAUGGCCAUGGCCAUGGACCUGAGAAUUAA